UCACCAACGGCUGAGAUCCAGAAGACUUCGAGCCUGAACGAAAUGUGAGAUAUAUCACACAAUUGAUUUGCUCGGUGGUCCUCUAUAGAAACGAGUCUUGGACCAUUCAGGCGGAGGAUGUAAUGGAGUUUGGAGGAGAAGGAUGAACGACGAGCUUGCUGAGCUGUACGGCGCACUGAGCAUUCACACGGUGGCAAAGACUGGCAGGAUGCGAUAACUGGGGCAUGUCAUGAGGAUGCCGAACUCAUGUCCCACCCAAGAGAGGUGUUCGACAGCGAUCUCCAGUUCAACAUGAGGCACAUGAGGGUGCACAGCGAACUCGAUGACUGGAUCAGGUGUAUUAAGAUCCGUCGAAGGUCGAAUAUCUAUAUGAAUGGGGUACUGCAGCCAGGGACCGCGAAUUUUGGAGAAUGUUUGUUGACUGAACGAUGUCAUGUCGAAGUGCCCUAUCGUGCAGCCAUACCAACCAUAGAGAGAGAGAGACAGAGAAAGAGCGUCACUUCAAUGCCUCCUAAGAGCAUCACCGUCUGCCAUUCAGAACACAUCGAAUGGUCCACAAUGAGUGGUCUGCCAACUAAUCGUGGCUCUUCAUAAUAAUGGUUGCGUGUACUUCCCUCAUAAAGCAUGAUUGUGCAUUCGAAAGGGGUUAACGGACUGGCGUCAGAACUAGUUGUGCUGUACAAGACUCAGAUUCAGUGGUAGCAAGGGACACUCUUGAAAAGAUUGAAAGGUUCAGAUGACGUGAUGUCGUUACUGAAGGAGAGAUGAACGGAUUUUCUGGGGUUGUUACUAGAAAAGGAACAAUUCUGUUCGUUGCUUCUUCUCACUCCUUGGCAAAACAUAACCCGUAAGGAUGACCUAUCGCCUUUCUUAGGACACCAACCAAUCGGUGACGUAUGGCUUGUGACGGUAACCCAAAACAGAACAGCCGUAAGAACUGAUUCUAUCGUGUAGAUCCACCGACCAUUCAUUUUUGGAAAAGGUAAAUAUUGUUCCAUAAUAUCACAUCAGGUCUUGAAGAUAAUAUGUUUUGAAUUUGUUUUAUUUUUUGUUCAGUCUUUCGACGCUCCUAACGCACAUACUUAAAUAUUUUUCAAAUCUCCAUAACACCCACAAAUUCCAAUCAAUUCCAUUCCAAACCAUCCGCUUUACGAUCGCUUAACGAUAGGAGAGAUCGAUUCACCUUUGCCCGAAGAGGAGAGGGUGGAUAAAGCGUGAUUGGAAUUCAUAAGUACAUAUACAUCCAUGCUCCACGCCCCUCCUCCCUACAUGUAAAAGCGUCUUGCCGUAUUUGCGUUCUUGCGCCGUCGGGUUUUGCGGCGGCACGAUCGUCCGGUUUGGCCUAGAUUCCGGCGAAGAACACGGCGACGCCACGAGAACGAAAACCCGAAAGCCAACGGGACUCUCGCGCGUCUCGCACUGUCUACACUGUCGCCCGCGGGAAUGCAUGGGGAUGUAAAGGAAAGCCCAAAAGAAAGACGCACACACACACACACACACGCACACCAGUACCAGCAUGACUCGUCUUUUAGCUGUUGCGUCCGCUCCUCUGUGCGGGCACUUGGCGCGGGAUUGCUUUUUUUUGCUGCUGUUAUUCUCGUUAAUGCUUAUUUAGCCUCUCCCCCAUUUAAAACUCGUUCGUCCCUGCCCUGAACCCUCCUCUGCUCCCGGUGGGUGGGGACGGGAACCUUAUAAGGCGAGAACGCGGUCACCGGCGGCAGACAGUUUGAGGUCGAAGCCUUCCAGGGUGAGACGACAACCGAGAACGUCGCGUCUCGGGCAGGUGCGAUUCUGAUCCGGAUUCUGAACCAACACCGUGAGUGAGUGUGUGCGUAUCAAUUUUUGUUGUUUUUUUUGCGUUCCUGGGGGAGUGUGAAUCGUGAACCUUUUGCGAAGUUGCCAGCAUGAACCCCAUUGCGGUCAGCCGCACGGUGGCUGCGUUCAUAGUUUCGUUGGUGCUGUUGCAAUGUGGCAGCACGCACAAGCUUCCCGCAGAGACUGCCAGCGCUAACGCAGCGCCUGAUGCGCCCGAGCAGCCCUCAGUGCGAGCCAACGACGCACCAGCACAACCGGUGAAGUACGAUGGCGCUCAGCUGUGGCGCAUCGCGUACGACGAUCAACCGAAGAAGAAUGCCGUCGCCGAGCUGCAGGAUCGUUUCGAUGCGUCCAUGUGGAACUACAACGCCACCUCGGUGGACAUUUUCGUGCGGGGCCAGCAGCUCAAGAAGGCGGAGUGCUUUCUCCGGGCGGCCAACAUCCCGUACGAGGUCGUUAUCGAGGACAUGCAGCGUGCCAUCGACACGGAAAACCCAUCGCUAGAGGAGACGGAACUGUGGGAAAACCGUAACGGGCACCGUAUGACGUGGACGGCCUACCACCGCCUGGCGGACAUCUACGACUGGAUGGACUACCUGGCCCAAACCUACCCGGACCUGUGCAGCACGAAAGCAAUCGGCAAGAGUGUGCAGGGCCGCGAGCUGAAGGUCCUGCGCAUCUCGAACGGCAACCCGGCCAACCGGGCGAUCUGGAUGGACGGUGGCAUUCACGCGCGCGAAUGGAUUAGCCCGGCCACGGUCACGUACAUCGCGAACGAGCUGGUCGAGGACUGGGACAACCAGCCCGACCAUCUGCGCAACGUCGACUGGUACGUGCUGCCGGUGCACAAUCCGGACGGGUACGAGCACUCGCACCAGUACGAUCGGCUGUGGCGCAAAAACCGGGGCGGCCUGCAGUACGGGCCGUGCGCGGGCGUCGACCUGAACCGAAACUACGGCUACAAGUGGGGCGGCCAGGGCACGUCCAAGCAGCCCUGCUCGGAGAUCUUCGCCGGCUCCGGCCCGUUCUCCGAGCCGGAGUCGAAGGCGGUCAGCGAGUUUAUGCAGUCGUCCGCGGCCGACUGGAAGGGCUUCCUCACAUUCCACAGCUACGGCCAGUACAUCCUGUACCCGUGGGGGUACGAUCGGGUCGUGCCGCCGGACCACGCCGAUCUGAAACGGGUCGGCGACGCAGCCGCGGAGCAAAUGUUGCAAGCAAGCGGCGGCUCGCGGUACACGGUCGGACCGUCCGGCAGCACGCUGUAUCCAGCGGCCGGCGGGUCGGACGAUUGGGCCCGCGGUGCCCUCAACAUCAAGUACGCGUACACGGUCGAGUUGCGCGACACCGGCCGGUAUGGGUUUGUCCUGCCCGCCAACCAGAUCAAGCCGACCGGCGACGAAGCCGUCGCGUUUGUUGACAUCAUUGCGCAGGAGGUAGCCAAAUUGUAAAGCCCGGUGGGCCACCCCAACACAUACCCAUACUCCCACCCAGACACACACACACAGAUAUACUUAAGAAAAAGGCUGAAACAAUAAAUCUAAUAGACAAGUGAAA